GGCCGGGCCGGGCCGGGGGCCGUGUCGGGGCCGGGGGGCGGCCGGUCGGGCCGGCAGGGCGGCGGCGAUGGGCUGCACCGUGAGCGCCGAGGACAAGGCGGCGGCCGAACGCUCCAAGAUGAUCGACAAGAACCUGCGCGAAGACGGCGAGAAGGCGGCGCGGGAGGUGAAGUUGCUGCUGCUGGGCGCUGGGGAGUCAGGGAAGAGCACCAUUGUCAAGCAGAUGAAGAUCAUCCAUGAGGACGGCUAUUCAGAGGAGGAAUGUCGGCAGUACCGGGCAGUCGUCUACAGCAACACCAUCCAGUCCAUCAUGGCCAUCGUCAAAGCCAUGGGCAAUCUGCAAAUUGACUUUGCUGACUCCUCCCGUACGGACGACGCCAGGCAGCUGUUUGCUCUGUCGUGCACAGCCGAGGAGCAGGGCUUGCUCCCAGAGGACCUGUCCGGCGUCAUCCGGAGACUCUGGGCUGAUCAUGGUGUACAGGCCUGUUUUGGCCGCUCCCGGGAGUACCAGCUCAAUGACUCCGCCGCCUACUACCUGAACGACCUGGAGCGAAUCGCACAGAGCGACUACAUCCCCACCCAGCAGGAUGUACUGCGGACCCGUGUCAAGACCACGGGCAUCGUGGAGACGCACUUCACCUUCAAGGAUCUCCAUUUCAAGAUGUUUGAUGUGGGUGGGCAGCGGUCAGAGCGGAAGAAGUGGAUCCACUGCUUCGAAGGAGUCACAGCCAUCAUCUUCUGCGUAGCCCUGAGCGCCUAUGACCUGGUGCUUGCUGAGGACGAGGAGAUGAAUCGAAUGCACGAAAGCAUGAAGCUCUUUGACAGCAUUUGCAACAAUAAAUGGUUCACGGACACAUCCAUCAUCCUCUUCCUCAACAAGAAGGACCUGUUCGAGGAGAAGAUCACCCACAGCCCCCUGACCAUCUGCUUCCCUGAGUACACAGGGGCCAGCAAGUACGAGGAGGCUGCCAGUUACAUCCAGAGUAAGUUUGAGGACCUGAACAAGCGCAAGGACACCAAGGAGAUCUACACGCAUUUCACGUGCGCCACUGACACCAAGAACGUGCAGUUCGUGUUCGAUGCCGUCACUGAUGUCAUCAUCAAGAACAACCUGAAGGACUGUGGCCUCUUCUGAGGACCAGGGGGGCCUGGCAGGAAGGGCCAACGCCGACUCUGCUCCCCCCAGCCCCUGAGGAACAUGAGGCCAAGAGGACCACGUUCCCCGCCUGUGCCCCAGCCGCUUCUCUCUCCCCUGCCCCCCCCCUGUUCUUGACUCCCCUCGCCCCCACCUCCUUCCGCUGCAGGUCUUGGGGAGGUCAUCACAGGUCUCCCUUUUCAAGGCCUUCCCUCCUCCUCCUCCUCCUCAUGGGUGCUGGGCAUGACCGUUGGUCCCUUCCGGUGUUUCACCAUCGUCGUGUUUAGCCAAGUCUCUGACGGGGCACCAACUUCUCCAGCCUGGGACCCCUGACUUCACCCAACACCAGCCCCUGACCAGCCCAAGUCCUAAUGUUUACAGGGGCCUCCUCCCCACCAUCCCUCACAGCCUCCCGGAGGCCCCAAAGGAUAAAGCACAAGAAACGUGUAAUGCCAGAUUCUGCUACACCUCCCCUUAGCUUUUAAAACAAAACAAGACA